AUGUCCGUGCCGCGGAUCAGUUCGUUGGUGGGGCUUCUGGAGGCUUACGCCCGACUCACCAUCUACCACAUGGAGACCAACCAGCUGCUCUGUGAUGCCGUAGUGGCUCGCGAGAAGGACCUGGCACCGGCAUUGAUCAUACAGGCCGCUCGUGCCUGUGCUGCGCUGGCAUACGCACAUCCUGGUAUCAUCAGGCUGGCGACUGCCUGCAUGGCAGAGUUUGGCGAGCAGCUGACCGAAGAGGACUUUGAUUUUCUGGGGCGCGCGCUAGAAGAUUUGGGCGUAUUGGGUGAGGACAGCCGCCUCAUGCUGGCCAGUUUCUCAGCUUUCCCCACCACACUGAACUUGGAUGGUGGCAAGCCCUUAGUUGCACAGCUGGUGGCGGCGUGUAAACAUCUUCGAACGAUCCAGCUCCGCGCUGGUACUCGCUUCGGAGGGCGGACGUGUGAGUUGUGGGACAAAGCAGACAAGGUGGUGUUGAAGGUCUUUGCUGGCACCUGGAAUUUGGGCAACGCAUCCCCUCCAGAUGAUUUGCAGGAUUGGCUACGGCCUGGCUACGACAUUUAUCUCGUUGGGGUACAGGAAUGCAAUUAUCACCCACGACCAUGGAUAGACACCUGUGCGAAAGACUGGUGUCAAACCGUUGAAGAGAAUUUGCCAGGUCUUGUGCGGAUUUGCCAGCACGAGAUGGGCCAUUGCCAAAUCCUCUGCUAUGCCCGGGAAAAGGUCAGUCGUUCCAUUCACAACGUGGCGGCGAGUCAUGAGGAGACAGGUCUUGGCGGGCUCCUCGCGAACAAAGGUGGGCUGGCGAUGUCCUUCUGGAUUGGAGACACGAGCAUUUGCUUUGUGUGCUCGCAUCUUGCAGCACAUCAAGGCAACAUUGAUCGCCGCAACAGCGACACUGCUCACAUCAUUGAGGGCAUUUGCCUGACAAAGGACCAGCUUAGACCGUUAACGCAUCAGUUUACACACGUCUUUUGGGUGGGUGAUUUGAACUACCGCAUCGAUUUGGACCGAGAGGCAUGCGAAGACUUGAUCAGCGAACAUGCCUGGGACAAGCUGCGCGAGCACGAUCAGCUGCUGAAGGUGCAAAAAGAAGAGAAAGCGUUCUGGACCUUCCAAGAAGGCCCUUUGAACUUCGCGCCAACCUACCAGCACAUUCCAGGUAUGCCACCUGAUCCAGAGACUGGUCUAAGAGCAUAUGACCCAAAGAAGGCGAGAGUGCCUUCUUGGACGGAUCGGAUAUUGUGGCAGUCAUUCCCCGAUGUGGACCUCACACUGGAGCCAGGCUCUUACGACAGUUCCCCCAUGUUGUGCACUAGCGACCACUCUCCCGUCAGCGCGGUCUUCGACAUGCCUCUGACAAAGCCAUAUCGUAUUGAAGAGAAGGGCGGAUGCCUGUACAUUCAGAUUCGCAACUUGCAAGCAACAGGGCUGCCUCCAGGGGACCACCAUGUGUCCUUUUGGGGCCAGUACUGCGAAAGGACAAGGCACACCAGGAACGCGACAAGCAAAGACGGUUAUGCGGAGUUCAGCAAAGUUACUCUUCAGACCAAGCCGGGGGUUUGCAGCUCUAAAUGGGUGCAAACACGUCACCUCUUGGUUGCCAUCUACAAGGUGGAUGAUUAUGUGGACAGUGCGCACAUGAAGUCACACCCAGUGUCUACCCUGAUGGCGCUGACGGGGAUGGUGGAUAGCUUCGAAGAGCCAGAUGGCUAUGGAGUCGUGAGUUUGCGAGGGGCCGGGACAUGCAAAGCUUUCACCGCGAAGCUGAGCAACAGCACAGGGUCCCAUGUCGGAAGCUUGCAUGGCGAGAUACGCAUUUCCUCUGUUACAAGUGCAGAAUCGCAAUUGGACUUCGAGAUUUCAAACAUCAUCCCCAAGACAGAUGUGAACGCUGAGCUCAGGGAUGGCAGCCAGCUGUCUGGCCAGCUGUCUGGCUGCUGUUUGAAUGUGAAGACUAUGCGCUUGCUUUGA